AUGCUGGAACAGGAGAUGGACACUUAUGCAGAUCUACCUGCGCCCGCAGAGGCAGACGGCGCGGCCGAGCCAGGUCCAAAGCGACAGAGAACAGCGGACGGCGCCGAUGCCAGAGCUCCGGAUGCCGGUGGGGCUGGGCUCAUGGAAGCCGAAGAGCCCGCUGGGACGGACGCUUUGGAGAGCACCUUGAGUCAAAUCAUGCAGACGGAUUUUGACAUCUCCUCCGUUCCUGCUGAGUCAGCGGCGUCUGACAUUCCGGCUACCGAAGGCUGCAUUCUUCGUGAAGUGAGUGAGCUGGAACGCACUAUUGCAGACUAUGGCCCCAGUUCUUCGUGGUCCUCCACCUUCAGACACGUGGUCCAAGGAGCACUGGCCGUACAUCGCUUACGACUCCUCGAUGUCAGUCGGCGAGAGGAAGUUUUGUUUCUCGAGCUUGUUGAGGGGUCUGGGAGACACGUCCGAGCCCAUGGUGGGCAGUGCUUCUUCUAUUCGGAGCACGGGCACUGGAACGCCUACAAGGGCGUCAUUCCCGAGGGCACACUGGCACGAUGCAAGAAGUUUCUCGUCCAGCUGGAGGGCCUUUAUGCGUCCUUUCACGGGAAUGUCUUCCGGGAUCACGAUGGAAUUUUAAAGGCUUCCCAAGAACUAUUGGAGAGACACUCGCUCCAAUCCGACAUCCUUCUGACUGCGUGCGAGAAGGCUGCCAUCUGCCGUAUGCCCCCGAAGUCCAAAGGAAGCAAUCCGGGGGAGGUCGACGACGUUCAAGAUCCGGGCGAUGACAAGGUCCAUUGGACAGUGGCCAUGGCCAACACCAUCGGCAAGCUGUACGUCAAAUUGCAGACUUCUCUCCUCAAUGACAGCAUCAUCAAGUACUACAUCGCGUGGUGUUCUCAGGACGUCAAGCCAGCGGGAGGUUUCUGCACGACCGAUGCAGCCUUCGCAUUCACCGCAGACGGCUUGCAUCCAGUUCGCAAGACACCACGCAACAACAUGUACGUCUACCUGCCACACAGAAUGCUGGAUCCCGUUGCAGAGGAUGUCAAGAAACGAGUCGAGCUCUUCUGGAAGACCACAUACUGGGCCAACGCGGAAGCAUUCCAGGUCUUCAUGGCUUCCUUCGUACUAGCUCUGCGUGGCGAAAAUGUAGACCGUGCAUUCUGGGGCAUCGGUUCCGGUGGAGUCGGACAGAGCCUACAGACGGCACAUUUGGAGGCGAUCCUCGGAGAGUACCACACUUGCCUGGACAUGAACAUCUACUUUGUGGACGAGGAGAUGCGGAAACAGGCGGCGAACAUUGUUGGCAAGAUCGUUGUCACGGGGCAGGAAAGUGUGCAAGGCAGUCGGCGCUCCAUGAGAGAGGACAUAUACAAGAAACAUAUCUCUGCCGACAAAGUGCCGGAACGUUUGCCUUAUGCCAUCCACACGGCAUUGGUCGAGUUGCGCGGCUGGAAACGCUUCGAACUCAACACAGCACCAAAGUUCGGCGGUGUCACCGAUGAGACCAUCAACUCUAUUCUCAGAAGAACAGCGGUCUGUGCCUACAAAAGCAGCUUCGUCGAUCCUGCUCGCAUCGCAGGAAGAGAGGAGCUGGCGGCGUCGCACGGAAUUUUCCCCCGGGACCCCACACUCAAAGAUUUCCUACGGGACAACCCGGCUUGCCUGGUAACACUGCGGUGCGUGUGGAACUAUGCCAGGAAUCGGACAGCGGAGCAAUGCCGCGAUGUCCUGGAGAAGUACGUUGUCCGUGGCGGGGACUGCGGCUUGACGCUGGCGACCGUCCGGCGCAGCUGUGGCUUAACGCCAAAUGAAACUCCGGAUGCCGACCCUGUGCGUGAGGUCUUGGACGCCCUUUCCAAGAAAGCAGCCGCGUCUGCUGUCGCAGAGCCUUCUGCAGAGGUCAAGGCUGCGGAGGUGCAGGCAGCCGCCGUCCAGGCCACCGUCGCCAAGCACAAAGCGGAGCAAGAGGAAUCCGUUAGUCAAUUGCGGGACUGGCUGGUCGCAGAGCGUAAAGACUGGUUCACCGCUGCACAGCUGAAAAGUGCCAAGGCCAAGUUCGUCUUCAAUUUCAACCGCUGUGAUGCCCAGCAGGUGAUCGACAAGAUGCUGGCGAGCGGCCGACUUGUAGCUGCACCUACAGUUCUGCCUAAGGUUGGCCAGACGACUCUUUACCUGCCGGUCUACUUCUGCGAGAAGUCACUUGACGCGGUGGUGUCUCUGGUUCAUGACACAGAGAUGACCUUCAUAGAGGCAUACCAUGUGUCCGGCGUUCGCUCUCGCCUGGCAGCAGACUCCUCGCGAAGUUUGAACAUCAGGACGCUCGCUGAGAAUUACAAGAAGAAAGAUGCGGCGCAGCAGCCCAACAAAAAGAAAGGAGCUCCCAAGCGAAACGCAGACGUCGAUGCUGCCGAUUCCAGCAUCUGGGAGGACCUUAUCCAGGCAUUAGACAGACAGACAUCCUUGCAUCGGGAGGUGCUGGAGGCGGCUCAGGAGGCGGAUUCAACAGACGAGAAUCUAUAUGUGAAAAUACAGCGUCAGUACUUCUAUCCCCGGGACAUCCGCUGCCGCCGAUAUGUCACAGAAGUCGGUGCUCAGAGUAUGUCUCGACUCACACGAGCCAUCUGCUGCCCUCAGACAGCUGACUACCACAUCGCCUCAGCCAUGUUCAACAUCGUCGUCCAACUAUGCGACAUGGUACAGCCGACAGGCCUGGAAAUUCCCUCAUGGCGUGCCAUUGCCACGAAUCGCAGCCGUGUUUGCAGUGAUCAGCUGAAGUGCACCGAAUCGGUCGGCAAGAAGAUUCUCACGGAGGUCGCCAAUGGAGCGAUGCCGUCGAACUUCAAGGACAUCCCAAAGCAAGGCCUGGCAUUUUUGACAGCACUUUCGACUGAAAGCCGCCGUCUGCGCUGGCUCGCUUGCUCGCAACUGCAAAGUCACUACCUGCAGUUGCGUCGCGGUUCCAGGACUCAGUGGCCAGAAGCAAGCAUAUUCGCCCUCUGGUGGACUGCCGCCGAAGACCUAAUCCUCCAGUCGAUGACUUGUUUCGUUCGGCAAGGCGAGGCCGCAGAACAUGUUUCGUGUCACUUCGACGGCAUUCUCGUGGCAAGAUCCUUGGUGCAGUCACUGGAAGAAACUACCGGCAAAAACAUGGUUUUUCUUCUUGAAGAGACUGUGCUAAAGAAUACGAACUUCAAGGUUGUGCUGAAGGACAAGACCGUUCCAUCUUUGGAUACGCUGCUGGACAGCAGAUUGAAGCCAAGUCAGGUCAGCUCCCAAUUGCGCAUGUAUGAAGAAACCUUGACGGCUGUUUCCAAUUCUAUUCCUGCCGCAAUGGUUUUCUUGGGUGCGGACGUGAAGCAAAUCAUUCUGCGUCUGCGGGAGGAGUCUCCGGCCAACACCAAAGCCGAGACUCGUCACCUUCGGCAGUACUCCGACUGGAAUGGCUGCGGCGACCUCCACCUGGUGCCGCGAUCCGCUUUCACGACUGAGGCUGCCUCCGACUUCCUUCUUCAUCUCGAACUUCCGGAGUCCUCCAUCUGCAUGGGUGUCAAGAUGCUCCCUAAUAACAUGAUCGGGCUUAUGCGCGGUGGCCGCGUCUUCGAAGGCUCCAUGUUCGAUCUGAUGGACCUACUGGAAGCCUUCCACGGGCUGAAGGAGACUUUUUGCUUCGACGCAGUCUCAAAGUCGCCAGAACUAGAUGAUGGCACGUCCGGCUUUCUCGACCUGCUUGCAGGGUCGUCUUCUGGGGGGACGUCCAAGAAGCGACCUGCGGCACAAGCAGACGCGGUGCAAGGACAGGGCCCUCGGAACGAAGGGGAAGUCGAUGUCGGUGGCGAGCUGCUGAAUUUCAUGAAGCGCGAGAUUGAGGAAGCUCUGGACAAUGUCAACUGCCAGGCCAGCACGACCUUCUCCACAACCACAUGUCCGUGCUGCCCGUGGCGCCGUUUUAGCAAGCGCGCACACCUGCGGCAGCAUCUCACCUCCCAACACACGACAGCCAAGCGCUACUGCCCCUCCGGCACCAAGCAACUGAGAAUUGCCGUGUCGAUGUAUGACCAGGACGCGAUCAAGGGGAAGGAGAUGCAGCCGUACUUUCUUAGCAGAGCCGCAGCUGUCAUGCGCUUGGAUGUCAAACCUCCCGUGCCCACGAAGGUCGUCGAGAUCGACAGCUUCGUGAGGUACGUGUUUGACAAGGACGGUCCCAUCAUCAUGGCCUUGCAUACCAUCAAAAAGAGGCAUGACUUGAGACGCGUCGGCAACCUUUACUACACGCAUGCCUUUGCGUGUGCAUUUUUGGAAGCCGCAGCAGCAGCGAACGGCUCGCUGCAUAAAAUCUGUUGCUCCUUUCUGCGGUGCUGCAAGCGCCACGAUGGUGAACUCUCCUCUUUGCUUCCGCGGUCAACGAAUUCAUUCUGGAUCAACGUAUUCGAGGACUUGAUGAAUGCCCCGCCUGUCCUGAAGUACCGUGAUGCCCUGCUUCAAGAGUGUCGUGACCAUAAUGAGUUUCGCUACCUCAGCAUUGAUGCGACCUUCAAGGUGAAUCUCAAAAUCAUCGGCCAGGCAAAUUUCCACUCCUCGCAAUCACUGCGGGAUGAUGCUGCCAUUCCAGAAGCCGAGGCUGCGUAUCGCACCUUGACCUGCCGAGGUCGAACUGGCGCCGCUCUUUUGGUUGCCAUGGUUCGCUCCGAGAAGGCUAGUGUCAUCGCCGAUGCCUUGGCAAACGAGCUUUCUCUUCAGCAGAGGACCCAGGUGCAGCAUGUGGCUUCUGAUAAUCCGUCACCGGAGAUGUUCCGCGUCCUCAGACAAGUGUUGCCCCAUCUGGAGAGCAUUGCCCUGGACGCCAUGCAUAUUAUCAUGGUGUACCAGCAGAACAUGAGUAACAAGAAAACUCAUGGCAGUCGGUGGCUCGCCGUCAUCAUGGACAAGUUCCGCAAGCGAGAUGCGGCCCGCACAGCAGCAGCCUGGGGACCGUUCUACACUGGGCAGUCGCUGCCACCUGCCAGUGUGGACGUUCGCUGCAUGCGACUCCGACUGGAGAAACCGGACAUGUCACACGCUCAGGCGCACAACUUGCUGGAGAAGUUGAAUCCAGACACGCCGUGGCUGACGGAGAUUGACUUCCUCGAAGCAUGCGUGGCCCAUCUGUCGCUGUUCGCUGACGAGGUCAGUAAAACUACUUACUCUGGUGCUUCGCUGCAUCGCCUCAUCAUCAACGUGGCGUCCGCAGUCAAGGUCCAGUGGUUGUUCAACGAUACUCGCCACCGACAUGCCGUACAUCCAGGUGAACUAACGCUCCUACCAAGCGGCACCACCUCCAAUGAAAGUCUCCAUCACGAGAUCAAUCAUUGGUUCCGAGAGACUGCUGCUCGGCUGCAACGAACAUGUGCCUUUCCGACGCAGGGCAUGCUUCCUGUGUCUGCUAAUCACCCCGAGGCGGCUUUGCACAAAUCCACUUUCGGGAUGAAGCUGAAUUUGUUUCACUUUGUGAAACUGUUCACGCACAAUCAGGCCUUGUACAGGCCUCUCCAGAGGCAAGCAGAUCAGUCCGAGAUAGCAUCACGGGCAAUGAAAGCUAAUGUUCGUUUCAUGCUACCGCAAGCUGCCUGGCGGACGUGGUGUCGGCAGCUUAAGGCUCCCGGUGCCACGCCGGCAAGAGCUGCUCUGCAUGUUUUGAAGCAAGGACGACGUGUCCGUGUCGCACUUCGAGACAAAGCGACUGCUUCCUUGCCCGAGGCUCGUGCUUCCAGCAGCAAGCCGAAGGCUCCGCGCUUGCCGCGAAGCAAGCCAACCCGGCGAACACCGUUUCGACUGAGGAACCUCAGUCCGGUGAUUCGCCCCGGUCGCCGGUCCAAGGAGGUGUAG